ACCGCGUUUUAUGCAUGCGCAGCGAUAAUUGUUGAUGAAGAUUUCAUUUGUUUGAAAACUUAUUUACAGAAAUAUUGCAAAAUGGUCUUAUUAAGUAAUAUUUUUAAGACUAGAUGGAUAAAAUCCUCACAAACUUCUGUCUUAAGAUAUCAAUAUUUCUCUACAUCAAGAUAUCUUACUUCUACUUUGAUAAAGAAUACAAAAAGUUUUCAAAAAUUUAAGUUAAAACAGGCGAGAAUGCAGCGCAAUGAUGGAGUUCCUGUAUUCUUAAAAGCUGGUUUACGUGAUAAGAUUUUAUUUAAUUUAACAUUAGGUUUAGUUUUAUUUGAAACUAUUGAAAGUAUUCGGACAAUAUGUGAACUCAUUAAAAAUACAUAAAUUCGUUUUUGGUAA